AUGGGUGCCCUCAAGUAUGUCGAAGAACUUCAGAAGAAGAAGCAGUCGGACAUGAUGCGCUUCUUGAUGCGCGUUCGCCUUCGCCAACUUAAGGUCAUCCACCGCGCAAGCCGCCCCUCGCGCCCCGACAAGGCCCGCCGUCUCGGAUACAAGGCCAAGCAGGGUUACGUUAUCUACCGCAUCCGCGUCCGCCGUGGAGGUCGCAAGAGGCAGGCUCCCAAGGGCGCCACCUACGGAAAGCCUACCAACCAGGGUAUCAACCAGCUCAAGUACCAGCGCUCCCUCAAGUCCACCGCUGAGGAGCGUAUUGGCCGCCGCUGCGCCAACCUCCGCGUCCUCAACUCCUACUGGAUCAACCAGGACUCCACCUACAAGUACUACGAGGUCAUCUGCGUCGACCCCCAGCACAAGGCCAUCCGCCGCGACCCUCGCAUCAACUGGAUCGUCAAGCCCGUCCACAAGCACCGCGAGGCUCGUGGUCUCACCGCCACCGGCAAGAAGAGCCGUGGUCUCGGCCGUGGACACAAGUUCAACAACACCAGUGCCGGCAGGAGGAAGACCUGGAAGAGGCACAACACCCUCUCCCUCUGGCGCUACCGUUAA